ACUCCAGUCCAGUAAGGGGCGGUAAUUUCCUGAUCAUUGUUAGCCGCAAGUAAACACCGCAAGAAAUAAACUAAGAACACGUAAAAAAAAAAACCGAAGAAGCGAAAACAAGAAAAACUCUGUUUGUCUCGAUUGGCAGUUUGCCUUUCCCUAGUAGCUGGCUCUAAUGAGCCUUGCGGCGUUCGAUGUUGAAUUAACAAGAACGGGAAGAACAACAUGAGCUGUGGAAGACCUUCCUGAAUGUCGAGUCUGCCUUUGAUGUUCCGCGUGGACGUUUUGCUUUCAAAAUUUCUCUCUCUUUAUUUAUCUACAGUGUGAACUGAUAAAUUGGUAAUUGGUUUGUAAAAACCAAAGUAUGGCUAUAGCGCACGUUGCUACAGAGUAUGUUUUCACGGACUUUUUACUCAAGGAGCCCACAUCGGAAGCGAAGUAUAAAGGUAUAAGAUUGGACCUGGCCCUGGAUAAGAUGGUUACUUGUAUUGCAGUUGGACUGCCUCUACUGCUUAUUUCCCUCGCCUUUGCUCAAGAGGUAUCUGUAGGCACUCAGAUCAGCUGUUUUUCUCCUGCUAACUUCUCCUGGCGACAGGCUGCCUUUGUAGACGCUUACUGCUGGGCAGCUGUACAGAGACAAGACACAGGCGGGCUACCCCUUUCACUGCAUAAGAAGUUUUUCCCCUAUAUCCUCCUAUUUGUAGCAGUUCUGGUUUACGUUCCAGCCUUGUUUUGGCGUUUCACAGCCGCACCAGUUCUCUCCUCUGAUCUGACUUUCAUCAUGGAGGAACUGGACCGCUCAUACAACAAAGCAAUCAAACUGGCCAAGGGUCUUAACAGCAACUCCACACAUCUUGAUACUCAAAGCUCUGGGCCAGAUGUGGCAGAAACUUAUUUUAGAUACCCGCUGGUGGAACAGUAUCUGAAGACCAAGCGAUUUUCUUGUUACAUCUUAAUACGGUACAUACUGUGCCGGGCCAUCACAUUUUUAGCCCUGCUGCUGACCUGUGCCUACCUGGGCUACUACAUCCGACUGUCUGCAACGGACGAGUUCUCCUGUAACAUCCGCUCGGGUGUGCUGCUCAAUGACUCAUCUGUACCUGCUGCUAUGCAAUGCAAGCUGGUGGCUGUGGGAGUGUUUCAACUCCUUAGCUACAUCAACCUGGGAGUGUAUCUUUUUCUGGUACCUGCAUGUGUUUAUGCUAUGCUGGUUCCCAUGAAAAUUUCUGGUGCUUUCCUGAAGCCAUAUGAGAUGCUGCCCACGCUUGGGGUGAUUGAGUUUGGAGACAGAACCUGGGAUGACUUGUCUAUGUACUUGCUAUUUCUGGAGGAGAACCUGAGUGAACUGAAAAGCUACAAGUGCUUGAAGGUGCUGGAGCACUUAAAAGAGGGCAGAGAGGAGCAAUUUGAUACUCUGCUCCUGCUGCAGACGCUAGGACAGGUUAAAACGGAUGUGCUGGAUGGCAGAAUUUGGAAGAUCCCACAGAAGUCAGAAUCAAAUGAGACCAACAACCAGGAUGGCCAGAGAAAUUGUGUGGAGAUGAAAGGCAUUGUCAGAAACCAGCUUUAUAAAUGUCUGGGACCAGGCCCCCAGUUAGCACACCAAAAGCAACAGUAACAAGAAAGAAACCUCAAGAAGAACCUAGACUCAAAAGGGAACCCGUCCUCCACUUUUCAACAUCAGCAAGCACAACAUGAACAAGGUUAUGUUACUCAUCAUCUACAUCUCCAUCCAUGCGCCAUGCCAGGUGCUCAUGGUCCUCCGUGAUUGCGGCACCCUUUGUCCCGAUUGGUUGUCUCACCUCACACUACUAUAUACGUCCCACCCAAGUGAGAAGAGGAGGGGACGGAAUUGCCUUUUACUAUUGCGGACUUUGUUGAUGUCUGACUGAUUUGUGCCUUUGUGAAUAUAUGUUUUUGUGGUUGUGAGUAUGCGAGAGUUGCUUUGAGUUCUAAGCCAAAUACAUUGUUGCACAUGCAUGUGACACUGUUUGGCGAAACUGAUGUGUCAUGAUUAGUCCCUCCCCAGUUCCAGCCUCCUUACCACUCAUCGUUACAUGAUGCAGUCAUAGAAAUUGUUUUUGGGAAUAAUUUGAUCACCAAUAUUAUUGGACAUCAUGGAAAUGAAGAUGCUUAUUUUAGCUGACAUUUAUGUGGAGUUGUUUCGGUGCAGAUAUGAGCUGGAAGUUAAGAGAUGGUUCAGUGGCUUCUAGCAUGGACUAGCUAUGUUUGCAUCACAAAUCACUGGAUCUUUCCAUUCACUGCUGGAAAAAUUCAGAAUCCUGCUACACAUUGUAAGUAUAAAUGAGAAAGCAUACUAUUUCUUUACAGUAUUUCGACAUUUUCCCCACCAUAAACUUUUAGCCUAAUAGUAAUGAAGCUAAUAUUGUUUAGCGUUUAACAAUGAAGCUAUAAUGAAGCUAAUGUUGUCUUUUAGUAAGUUGUUGAACAUUGUUGUGAUGUUUUUGUUCUGAUGACUUUGGAGACAUUUGGAGAUGUUUUUGGGCACUUUAGAGAUGUCUAGCACACCUAGUGGAAAAUACUGUGUAGCCUCACAUAAUGUCAUGUAUAUGCUCAAAAGUGUUUAUGUUAUUGUAUAAGACCCUGGUGAAUCAGGAAAUGUAAAGCAUGACUGAAAAUGAAUCUCUAGCAUCAAAAUAUACAUUGUAAACCCCCAAAAUAAAAGGUGGGUUUUUUUGUUUUGUUUUGUUUUUUACAUUUUCUUCUGUAUUAGAUAAGCUCAAAUGGAACCUAAAUGAUGGAAAAAUAAGCCUGGAUAUGAAUUGAUGUCUUGUCCCAAGUGUCUGCUUCAAUUUGAAUCCUGAAUUAUCAUUGUGCUAUGUGUAC